AUGAUGCAACCCAGCGCGUUUGCCACGUGCCAAAAGUUCAUGGUAGAAGAAGAAUGGCUGCUCUACGGCAACAAAGAAGCAGUAGCAACCUCGGCGCAAUCUACCUCUCCCUCUCUCUCAAACUCUCUCUCUCUCUCUCUCUCUCUCUCUCUCUCUCUCUCUCUCUCUCUCACACAAACUCUCUCUCUCUUUUCCUCUCUCUCCUUUCUCUCACACACACUCUCUCUCACUCUCUCUCUGUGCCAUUUCGAUUUGGCAACGGGGACGAGGACCUCAGGAACCGGACUGCCAACUGCUGCUCUCCGACUUCUCUCCCUCCACUGGCAAAGCAAGCACCACACCGUCACCAUGCCCGUCUCCACCGUCGCCACUCGUGCCGCCCCCGCGCUUCGCCGCGUCUCAGCCCGCGCAGCCAGCACUCUCACCCCGGCCAAGGAGGUCUUCAUCUGCAGUGCCGCGCGCACCCCCAUUGCCUGCAUCUCCAAGUCUUUUGCCAGCCUUACCGCUGUCGAGCUCGGCAUUGUCGCGGCUCGUGGUGCCAUCGAGCGCGCUGGCCUGACCGGCAACCACAUUGAGGAAGUGUACAUGGGCAACGUGAUCUCUGCUGGCCUGGGCCAGAGCCCGGCGCGUCAGGUCGCUCUGGGUGCUGGUUGCCCCGAGUCCACCGAGGCCACGACCAUCAACAAGGUCUGCGCCUCGGGCAUGAAGGCCAUCGCCAUGGCUGCUCAGAACAUCCAGCUUGGCUACCGCGACAUCAUGGUGGCCGGUGGCAUGGAAUCCAUGACGAACGCCCCCUAUCUUCUCCGCCAAAUGCGCAACGGUGCCCGCUUUGGUGGUGUCAAGGCGGAAGAUGCCAUUCAGGUUGAUGGUCUGACUGAUGCCUAUGGCCAAUACGCCAUGGGUAUCUGUGGUGAGGACACGGCUGCCAAGAUGGGCAUCUCCCGCGAACAGUGCGAUGAAUUUGCCCUCAUGUCUUACGAGCGCACGGCUGCCGCGAAUGAGAAGGGCCUCCUUGCCAAGGAAAUUGUUCCCGUCUCGGUGGCGACCCGUCGUGGUGCCGACCCUGUCGAGUAUUCCGUCGAUGAAGAGUUCACAAACAUCAAGAAGGACAAGGUUACCAGCCUCCGCCCUGCUUUCCAGAAGGAUGGCGUCAUCACUGCUGCCAACGCUAGCACUCUGAAUGACGGUGCUGCGGCCGUUGUGCUCGCUUCGGCUGAAGCCGUCGAGGAGUACGGUCUCAAGCCCCUCGCCAAGAUCAUUGGCAUGGGUGAUGCUGCCCGCGCCCCCAUCGAGUUCCCCAUUGCCCCUGCUCUUGCUACGCCUAUUGCGCUGGCCAACGCCGGUGUGGCGGCCGCGGAUGUGGCGCGCUGGGAAAUUAACGAGGCCUUUGCUGUUGUGGUUCUGGCCAACAUGCAAAUUCUGGGUCUUGAUGUUAGCAAAGUCAACAUCAACGGCGGUGCCGUCUCCCUUGGCCACCCCAUCGGCAUGUCCGGUGCCCGCAUUGUCGGCAGCCUGGCCCAUCACCUCGAGUCGGGCGAGAUUGGCUGUGCCAGCGUCUGCAACGGUGGUGGUGCUGCCUCCGCCAUGGUCAUCCAAAAGCUUUAA